AUGGCGUCUCGCUUUCUCCUGCUAGGACUUCUGGCUUUGUCUUUCACUGCCGCAUUGGCCUCUGAUCAUAGCCCUCUCCAAGACUUCUGUGUCUCGGAUACAAACAGUAAAGUGGUCGUCAAUGGUUUGGCAUGCAAGGAUCCUAAGACGGUUCAAGCCAAUGACUUUUCCGCCAGUGGACUUCAUAUGGCUGGCAAUACAUCAAAUCCAGUCGGUUCAAAGGUUACCCCAUUGACAGCUGCUCAAAUACCAGGACUCAACACUCUUGGCAUUUCACUUGCUCGUAUUGACUAUGCACCAUGGGGCAUCAACCCUCCUCACACUCAUCCUCGUGCCUCUGAGAUCUUGUUGGUCUUGGAAGGUAGUCUGGAAGUUGGGUUCGUCACCUCUAAUCCAGAGAACCGACAUAUCACAAAAGUGCUACAAAAGGGUGAUGUGAUUGUAUUCCCGGUUGGCCUCAUCCAUUACCAAAGAAAUGUAGGCAAUGGAAAUGCCAUCGCCAUUGCCGCUCUCAGCAGUCAAAACCCUGGUGUCAUCACUAUUGCUAAUGCUGUGUUUGGGUCGAAACCGGAUAUUGCAAGUGACAUUCUAGUUAAGGCUUUCCAGCUGGAUAAAAAUGUCGUCACCAAUAUCCAAUCCAAGUUCUAG